ACACACAGCGCAUUGAUUCCCCCCCCGGCCCCCACAACAAUAAGAGGGUUAGACACGUAUAACAACAACAAAACGUCAAAGAAACUAAAUAAAGCUAAAUUAAUCCCGGGGUUUUAGCAGUCGGUCAUGCUGUCGGAUGCAGAUUACUCUGGGAAUGCCUCUGGUGCUCGGCGGGCGAAGAAGAGGAGCUCCGGGGAGUCUCGGGACGGACAGACCCUGCGCUCCUCGGGAAGGCAGAUCACCGUCCGAGUGAAGCGCACCAACAACCCUCCUCCUGGACAGAGCAAACGGAAAGCCACGGACACGGAGGAAGAAGACGACCAGUCCGAGAAGAAGUACAGAAAGUGUGAGAAGGCUGGAUGCUCUGCCACAUACCCGGUUUGUUUCGCAAGUGCAUCUGAAAGAUGUGCUAAAAACGGAUACACGUCUCGCUGGUAUCAUCUGUCAUGUGGGGAGCAUUUUUGCAACGAAUGUUUUGAUCACUACUACAGAAGUCACAAAGAUGGCUAUGAGACUUUUGCUUUUUGGAAGAAAGUGUGGACUAGUAACGGGAAAAGUGAGCCCAGUCUCAAAGCUUUCAUGGCAGAUCAGCAGCUACCAUUCUGGGUUCAAUGCACGAGACCGGACUGUAGGAAGUGGCGACAGCUGACUAAAGAGAUCCAGCUCACUGCUUCCCUAGCAGAGACGUACCGCUGUGGCAUGAAGUUCAACAACAUCAAGAGUGAGGGACCGGACCAGUGCUCCCAGCCAGAGGACUUGAGAGUGGCAGAGGUGACCGACAGCUGGUGGCAUUCGAUGUUGAUUUUGCCGCCGUUGUUCAAAGACAGUCCAGCGAGCCCUUUCCUUGCUGCGUACUACCCUGACUGUGUGGGGAUGAGUCCAGCAGGCUCCUCCAGUAGCGUGUCUCUGUCUGAGCUCAGGGCCGAUCACUGCAGAGCCGUCCAGCCUCAGAUUCCAGGCCUGUGUCCGUACUUUCAGCCAUUCUACCAGCCGAACGAGUGUGGAAAGGCUCUGUGCGUGCGGCCAGAUAUGAUGGAGCUGGACGAGCUUUAUGAGUUUCCAGAAUUUUCCCGUGAUCCCACCAUGUAUUUGGCUUUGCGUAACCUCAUACUGGCCUCCUGGCACAAGAGCUGCAAGGAGGUGCUGACUUCCCAGAAAUGUGCUGAGAACAUCAUUGUGCGGGGUUUGGUGCGUGUGCGCUGCGUGCAGGAGAUGGACCGUGUGCUGCACUUCAUGACCAGGAAAGGUCUCAUAAACACCGGUGUGCUGGCAGUGAAACGGCCUCUGCUCCCUGAAAAAUACUGCUCAAGAAAUGUUAUUAUCAUCGGUGCCGGGGCGUCAGGUCUGGCUGCUGCGCGUCAGCUGCAAAACUUUGGCACUCAGGUGAUGGUGCUUGAAGCGAGGGAGAGAAUUGGAGGUCGCGUGUGGGAUGAUGCCUCUCUGGGCGUCACUGUCGGCAGAGGAGCUCAGAUUGUCAACGGCUGUGUGAACAACCCCAUCGGCCUGAUGUGUGAACAGAUUGGAAUCAAAAUGCACAAGCUGGGAGAGCGCUGUGACCUCUUCCAGGAGGGGGGGCAGGCUACUGACCCAGCCAUCGACAAGCGCAUGGACUUCCACUUCAAUGCCAUCCUGGACGUCGUGUCAGAGUGGAGGAAGGACAAGUCGCAGAACCAGGACACACCGCUGAAAGAAAAAGUCCAGGAGGUGAAGAAGAACUUUCUGCAGGAUUCAGGAAUGCAGUUCAGUGAUUUGGAGGAGAAAGUGCUUCAGUUUCAUCUCAGCAACCUGGAGUACGCCUGUGGGAGCACGUUAGACCAGGUAUCGGCAAGAUCCUGGGACCACAAUGAGUUUUUUGCCCAGUUCUCAGGAGACCACACUUUACUCACAAAGGGCUACUCCGUUUUACUCCACAAGCUGGGCGAGGGGCUCGACAUCCGCACAAAAUGCCCGGUCCAGGCGAUUGAUUACUCAGGUGAUGUUGUCAAAGUUACCUCCUCCAAUGGCUCUCAGUGGACAGCACACAAGGUUCUUGUCACAGUCCCGUUGACCUUACUACAAAAGAACCUGAUCCAGUUCAACCCUCCGCUUCCUGAAAGGAAACUGAAAGCGAUCCACAGUCUGGGAGCCGGUAUCAUAGAAAAGAUCGCUCUUCAGUUCCCGUACAGAUUCUGGGAUAAGAAAAUCCAGGGGGCAGACUACUUUGGUCACAUACCUCCAGGUCCUGAGAAGAGGGGCAUGUUCAGUGUCUUCUACGACAUGGAUCCACAGGGUAAGCAGGCUGUCCUCAUGUCUGUUAUCACUGGUGAUGCUGUUCAAACUGUCCGGGACCUGGAGGACAAGGAGGUGGUGGACGAGUGUGUCAAGGUCCUGCGCGAGCUUUUCAAAGAACAGGAGGUUCCAGAGCCGCUGCAUUACUUGGUCACACAUUGGAGCAAAGACAAGUGGUCGCAGAUGUCCUACAGCUUUGUGAAGACAGGAGGAAGUGGAGAGGCCUACGACAUCCUUGCUGAAGACGUGCAGGGGAAAGUCUUCUUUGCUGGCGAGGCCACAAACAGACAUUUUCCGCAAACUGUGACGGGAGCCUACCUGAGCGGGGUCAGGGAGGCAAGCAAGAUGACUGCUAUGUAAACUCUAUGAAACCCAGAGAACUACAAAAAAAACACACCAGCAUCAACACACGGGUUGCCCUGAGACAAACCGUUGCACACCUAGGACUACUACUCUAAAUAACUCAACUAGGGAUGAGGUUUCACUGUACUGUACCUGUUUUUCCAUUUCAAAUACAUGAAGAGGUCUUCAGGUGCUUCAACACAUUUAACACAAGAGACGAUGACCUGUUUUUUAUUUUUAUCAAAAAAAUCCAGCUAUAAGAAGUGUUUGUUGGUGAUUAGAUGCAAAAAGGAUUGACAUCAUGCAAUGAAUGUUUGAUAAAAAAUAGAAAAGCGCUGCCAGGGUUUGCUGUGCUGGUUAACCUGAUGAUGAGUUGGACGAGUUAAAUGAACUGAUCUGUAGAAACGCUUGUGAUGAAAUGGUCAUAAAAUGUCAUAUUUAAGAGACAAGGGUGCAUGAAACACUGGUAAACUCCCAAAUUGUCAAAUCAUGGAUUACAACUGAAUCAUGAAUCAACUUAUAUUGGAUCUCCUAGGAUAAGGUUUCAAGAAAUUGUAUGUAAUUGUAUUUGAUGAGUUACCCAUGUUUGAUACGACCGUAAUGAAUUUGUGUUGUGUCAUUUGUGAUUCAUGUGUUGGUAUACGUAUUGAGAUAAAAUGGACAAAUGGUUAGAUAUCUAGUAUGCAUACUUCUGCUGUGGCACUUUUGAUUGAACAGUUUUUGAUCUAUAUUAAAAAGAAUAAAUGAAUAGCUAAUGUGUAAGACGAGUUAUAUUCUACGUAGGACUAAGUACGAUCAGAAGACACCGGGUUGUCCCCUUUCUGUCUCAGGGAUGUGAUCGAAACACCUCUCAGAAAAUGAUGAUGGAACAAAAAAAAAUUUAAAACACAACCAUCCAUAUUCUGUUGUAUUAGUCCCUGAACAUUUAACUCCCUGAGAUCACGUGUCGGAGAGCAGCACAACAACGCUCUCACUUUGUUUGACUAAUGUUGACUAAUUAAGCUUUACAUGUAGGUCCUCAUAUUUCUGUUUAGGUCAGCACAUCUAGGUGAUCAUGUCCUGUUUGUCAGAUGUUAGUGCUUGAUUAUUUAUCAUGUAUGUGUCUAAUAAACUGAGCUAUCAACUGCCAUA